AUGGGUAAGUACAGAGAGCGUUUUAACGCCAAGGCCCGUAGUGGUAUGCUUGCAAAACAAGCGGCGCUCAAAAAAGCCAGACACAAACAGUUCAAUCGUGAGGUUGAAACUGAAGAAGCUGCCAAUCCAGCCCCAGACACACAGAAACAAGACUCGAAUGCAGACAUUUUGGCUCCAGUGACGGAAGCAGAACGCGAAGAGCGGAAACGUGCAUUGGAAGAUUCGCUUUACAAUGAAAACUCCAAAGAAUCCAAGAUGUCUCGAGCGAAGAAGAAGAGACUAGACAAGUAUAUCGAGCAUCAACUCAAAAGAGAAGAAAAGAAGUCUUUGAUGGAGAAACUCUCCAAAACACGUGUCGACACCAAUCUUCUAGCGCCCUCUAAGCUUUUGGGUAAGGGAAAGCAGACCCGCAAAGAGGAAAUGGUCGAAGCCCUUGAGCUCGAGCGGCAGGGCCGCGGCGACGAGCGCACCCAGGAUAUCUUGUACGAGGAGAGAGAAGUUAAAGAUUGGGAUGAGAGCGAGAGCGAUUUCGAUGGCGGCGACGGUACAACUGAAACUGUGGAUGCACCUAAAUCAACAUUCGUUGACUUCAGACCGCAAAAAUUCGGCGGUAUGGGUUCAGGAUUUGGGUUUGCAAACGUUCAGAAAGUGGAGAAAUCCAAGCCAAAGAAAAAAUACACUUGGCGCUUACGAGUAGAGCAAGAGGAGAAGAAGCGCAACAAAAUCGAGGACGAGAACGAUUUCGUACUGAGUGAAUCUGAUGAAGAGGAUGAAGAGGAGAUGAAAUCUGAUGCAAGCGAAUCUGAUGAUGAUCAUUCUGAUAGUAUGAUUGAUUCUAAGGCAAAUUCUAAUCAUGAGGGUAUUGAUGCUACUGAUGACUCCGAAGCGGAAGGCGAAGACGAAGAAGAAGAAGAAGAAGAAGAAGAAGAAGAGGUAGAAGGCGACGAAGAUAGCGAAGAAGAGAGCGAAGAGGAAAGUGAGGAGGAAAGCGAAGACGAUGUCGAUGACGAUCUUCCUAGACUUCUCCAAAACAAACCAAAGCAUUCAUCUGCAGCUGAGCUGUUCAAGGAAUGGGCAGAACAACAAGUUGCCAAGCUUGAGGGCCGCACAGAAAUGGUUCUUCCAGAGCUCGGCGAAGAUAUCAAGAGCAAGUAUGCUAGUGGUGUUCACGAAGAUAAAGUGGUCUCCGAAGAUGAGGACGCUGUUCCUAUCAACCCCAAUCUCGAGAGAAAAGCUUUUUUCGUCGAAGUCACAAGACCUGAACAGAUCCAAGAACAACGUAUGCAACUCCCCGUAUUUGGCGAAGAACACCGCAUCAUGGAAGCCAUUCACCAUCACGACUGUGUUGUCCUUUGUGGUGAAACAGGUUCUGGUAAAACUACACAAGUUCCACAAUUCCUCUAUGAAGCAGGAUUUGGAAACACGAAUUCUGAUUUAUACCCUGGCAUGAUUGGUGUCACCCAGCCUAGAAGAGUUGCCGCCGUCUCUAUGGCAAACAGAGUUGGUCUGGAGCUUGGUGAUCAUGGUAACAGAGUCGGAUACCAGAUCCGAUUCGAUACUACAAUUAAAAACGAGGGCCAGCCAAACGGAACUGCUCUCAAGUUCAUGACAGAUGGUGUUCUUCUUCGAGAGAUGAUGAAGGAUUUCCUUCUUACUAAAUACUCUGCACUUAUCAUUGAUGAGGCCCACGAGAGAAAUGUCAAUACUGAUAUUCUCAUCGGUAUGUUGAGCCGUAUCGUGCGUCUUCGUCGCCAAAAGGGCAAGCCCCUUAAACUUAUCAUUAUGUCUGCCACAUUACGUGUCUCUGACUUCUCAGAAAACAAACAGCUCUUCCCUGUUCCACCCCCCGUGCUCAAGGUUGAGGCCAGACAGUUCCCUGUCUCUGUUCAUUUCAACAAAAAGACGAAGUUCGAGUAUUUGGAUGAGGCUUUCAACAAAGCAUGCAAGAUUCACAAAAGACUUCCACCUGGAGGUAUCUUGAUUUUUUUGACGGGACAGAAUGAAAUCACUCAGGUAGUGAAAAGACUCAGAGAUGAGUUCCCAUUCAAAAGUCGCAAUGUCAAUGAGCACUACGAUAAGGAUGAUGUAGAGUAUCGUCGGUCAAACAACGUUGCCUUGGAAGCAGAGGAUGUCGAUCUCGACAUUGCGCUCCGCGAGAAAAAAGAGCAAAUAGAGGAGCUGGACAGCGAUGACGACGAAGACAGCGAUGAAGAAGAAGGUUUCGAAGAAACGCUAGAGCCUGAGCAAUCCGCUGACGACCCACUCUAUGUGUUGCCGCUCUAUUCGAUGCUUCCUACGAAGCAGCAGAUGAAGGUUUUCGAGAACGCGCCCGCAGGAAGCAGAAUGUGCAUUGUUGCCACCAAUGUUGCUGAAACUUCGUUGACCAUCCCUGGAAUCCGGUAUGUGAUUGAUUGUGGUCGUUCGAAAGAACGUAAAUUUGACGAGGAGACUGGAGUUCAGUCUUUCGAGGUUGACUGGAUCUCUAAAGCUUCAGCUGAUCAGAGAUCUGGUAGAGCUGGUCGUACUGGUCCUGGCCACUGCUACAGAUUGUUUUCGUCGGCCAUUUAUGAGGAGUACUUUCCCCAAUUCAGUGUUCCAGAAAUUCUUCGUAUGCCAGUGGAGAGUACUGUUCUCACGAUGAAAAGCAUGGGCAUUGACCAGAUUGUGAACUUCCCAUUCCCAACUCCACCAGAUAGAUAUUCGUUGGCUCGCUCUGAGAAAUUGCUCAUCACCUUGGGUGCUCUUGACAAAGAAAACAAGCAAGUGACUGAUCUAGGACGUACAAUGGCCCACUUCCCAUUGAGUCCUAGAUAUGCCAAAAUUCUCAUUGUUGGUAAUCAACUCGAAUGUUUGCCGUAUGUUAUUGCCAUUGUCUCUGCUUUGUCUGUAGGUGACCCAUUUUUGGACGAAAAUGAGGCCGGCAUUUCAGAGCCUAAGAAGUCGGAAUCGGAUUCUGACAGCGAGGGGUCUGCUGACGAAGAGGAUGACUAUUACCAAGGAGACUUGGAGAAAAAACGAAAGAUGCGCGCCCAGUUUCAUAAGUCCAGGGCUAUCUUUUCUAGGCUUGACCCUAGUUCUGAUAGUUUCCGUCUUCUUUCAGUUGUAUGUGCACUUGACCAUGUGCCUUCUGGAAAACAGCAUAAGUUCAUGAAAGACAACUUCCUUCGUGUUAAAAUGCUAGAGGAAAUUCAGAAGUUGAGGGUGCAAAUCAGACAUAUCGUUGUUGCAAAUGUGAGCAACGACACCCUUUCAAGUGCCUUCAAGCAAGAAGGAAAAUUAGGAUUACCCUCGAAAGCUCAGCUCUCUGCUAUGAAACAGAUUGUUGCUUCUGGAUUCGUCGACCAGGUUGCUAUACGAAGUGACGUUAUAGACUCGGACAUCAAACUCUCCAAGAGAGCCAGCAUCGCAACGGUCCCAUACUCAACUAUUCGCCCCACAUCAUCGUAUUUGGAAGACAGUGACCCGCAUGUAUAUAUUCACCCCGGGUCAUUGAUCUGUGCUUCUGGUGCUACACCACCACAGUACUUGGUGUAUCAAGCUUUGAAUAAGAGCUCUAACCAACAGCCAAACCAGCCUGUUCGAUUGAAAUUGAAGCCAUUGGUAGAUCUCUCGGGUCGUCAAUUGGCAAAUAUAGCCAAAAGCUCGCUUUUGCUCACCUACUCCAAACCUUUGGGUCAUCCAUACGCGCCGAAGAACCUUUCGCCCACAAAAAGAGAAUGUUACGUCAUUCCAAGAUAUGGAGCUGCUCUUGGCGAUGGAGGUCUAGGCUGGGAUUUGCCAGUACAAAAAGUGGUUCAGGUGAAAAAGCAUGGGCUGUGGGUUAUUGAAGAGUAG